AUGCCGCCUGCGGAAGAAAUAAAAUCGCCAUUUGGCGACGACAGUGCUCUAUCACCAUUUGAUGAUACUUUUGAAUUUGAACAGAGUACCGCUAACGCAACGUCGCAACCUAGAAGUGCAAAUGGCAGCGCUGGAAUAUACGGUCAUCCACGAGUGAAUUUUCUGGAAAACGCAAAUGACAAGAAGCGACCUGAAUUCAGCGAGCAAUCGAAUACUUUUGAAGAAGAAGAUGAGUACACGUACGAGGACGAUGACAACGAUGUGCACUCUUUCAAGAAAACGCCAAAACUGGGUGGCCCAUCACCAGCUUUUGAGGAUGUGGCACUUGAUAAUAACGAGCCUGGUGGAAAAAUCAAUCCUGAUACAGCGGGUAUGAAGAGAUUACGUAUGGGAACUCAAAGAAAUACGAAGGGCAGACCAAAUGUUGGUAGAGCGAAAACUCUCAGAUGGGCUAAAAAAAAUUUUCAUAAUCCAUUCGAAGACACAAAGAAAGAGGAAAAUCUCGAUGAGACCGGUAUGCAAAAUCGUUCAAAUGAGCUGAGAACCAUUUACUAUAACAUGCCUCUAACUGAGAGCAUGCUUGAUGAAGAAGGGAAUCCGAUUGCGGACUAUGCAAGGAAUAAGAUCAGAACAACAAAGUAUACGCCGAUUACUUUUUUUCCAAAGAAUAUAAUGUUUCAAUUUCAAAAUUUUGCAAAUGUUUAUUUUUUGGUUUUAAUUAUUCUUGGUGCAUUUCAAAUUUUUGGUGUCACCAAUCCUGGCCUAAACGCUGUGCCAUUGAUUGUUAUCGUUAUUAUAACUGCAAUUAAAGAUGCUUUUGAGGAUUCAAGACGUACAGUCUUGGACUUGGAAGUUAAUAACACAAGGACUCAUAUUCUCAGUGGGAUAAAGAAUGAAAAUGUCUCAGCUGAUAACGUUUCUCUUUGGAGAAAAUUCAAAAAGGCAAAUACAAGAAUUAUGUUCAAGUUUUUCGAAUUUUGUAAAGAGCACAUGACUGAAGAUGGUAAAAGAAGAAGGCUGCAACGCAAACGUCAUGAUUUGCAUCGUCAACGAAAUUCAAUGAGUGAUGGUCCAAGGAAUUCUCUAGACUCUGUUGGAAGUUAUAGGCCAUCAGCGGAUUACGGAAGAUUUUCAGCGGAUUAUGGUCGGCCGUCACUUGAUUACAAUGAUACUGGUAACAUCGUCACAGGCGCGAAUGACGUAAGUAUUUUGGAUAGAUCUUUACCUCCUGUACCGGAUUGUAAGUUUGCUAAAGAUUACUGGAAAAAUGUAAAAGUUGGUGAUAUUAUUCGUGUUCACAACAAUGACGAGAUACCUGCUGAUAUUAUCUUACUAUCAACUUCUGAUGCAGAUGGUGCAUGUUACGUGGAAACGAAAAACUUAGAUGGUGAAACAAAUUUGAAAGUUCGGCAAUCCUUAAAAUGCAGUUAUCGGUUAAGAAAUUCAAGAGAUGCCUCCAGAACUAAAUUCUGGCUCGAAAGCGAAGGUCCUCAUGCAAAUUUGUAUUCGUAUCAAGGUAAUUUGAAAUGGGUCGAUUCAGCUGAUCAAGAGCUAAAAAAUGAACCAAUAACGAUUAACAAUAUGCUACUACGUGGUUGUACAUUAAGGAAUACAAAAUGGGCAAUGGGUAUCGUAGUAUUUACUGGUAGCGACACAAAGAUUAUGUUAAAUGCUGGUGUAACACCAACAAAAAAAUCGAGAAUUUCCAGAGAGCUAAAUUUUUCCGUUAUUAUUAAUUUUUUUGUUUUGUUCAUUCUCUGUCUCAUUUCUGGUAUUGUUAAUGGUGUUUAUUACCGAAGACAAAAUCAGUCCCGUCAGUCUUAUGAGUUUGGUACUAUAGCUGGUAAUGCAGCUACAAAUGGUUUUGUUUCAUUUUUGGUGGCUGUUAUCCUUUAUCAAUCAUUGGUUCCUAUUUCUUUGUAUAUUUCUGUGGAAAUUAUCAAGACUGCUCAAGCGGCUUUCAUUUACGGCGACGUUUUACUUUACAAUGCCAAGCUAGAUUAUCCGUGUACACCGAAAUCGUGGAAUAUUUCCGAUGAUUUGGGCCAAAUUGAGUAUAUAUUUUCAGAUAAAACUGGUACACUUACACAAAACGUUAUGGAAUUUAAAAAGACAACUAUUAAUGGUAUUUCAUACGGCAGAGCUUACACCGAGGCACUAGCGGGCUUGAGAAAACGACAAGGUAUUGAUGUGGAAUCGGAGGGUAUUCGUGAAAGAGAAGAAAUUGCAAAGGAUAAAGAUGACAUGAUAAAUGAGCUGAGAGGACUUUCUAGCAAUUCUCAAUUCAACCCCGAUGAAAUUACUUUUGUUUCCAAAGAAUUUGUACAAGACCUAAAGGGAAGCAGUGGUGAAAUGCAAAAAAGGUGCUGCGAGCAUUUCAUGUUGGCUUUAGCCUUAUGUCAUUCCGUGCUUGUUGAACCUCAUAAAAAUGACCCAAAAAAAUUAGAAUUAAAAGCGCAGUCCCCCGAUGAAGCUGCAUUAGUUGGUACAGCCAGAGAUAUGGGUUUCAGUUUCGUGGGCAAAACUAAAAAUGGUUUAGUGGUUGAGAUCCAAGGUAUCAAAAAAGAAUUUCAGAUUAUGAAUAUACUGGAAUUCAACUCUUCCAGAAAGAGGAUGAGCUGUAUCGUCAAAAUACCUGGCGAAACAGCUGCUACACAGCCGAAAGCUCUUUUGAUCUGUAAAGGUGCAGAUUCUGUCAUAUAUUCUAGAUUGAGUCGGAGAGUUGGUGCUAACGAUGAGAAUUUACUUGAAAAAACUGCUUUACAUCUGGAACAAUACGCUACAGAGGGUUUAAGAACUCUUUGUAUUGCACAGAGAGAGCUACCAUGGUCCGACUACUUAAAAUGGAAUGAAAAGUAUGAUCUGGCAGCUGCAUCUGUGACAAAUAGAGAAGAACAGUUGGAUGAGGUAGCUGACGCCAUUGAACGUGAGUUAGUAUUAUUAGGUGGUACCGCCAUCGAGGAUAGAUUACAAGACGGAGUGCCCGACUCUAUUGCGUUAUUGGCAGAAGCUGGUAUCAAACUGUGGGUUUUAACUGGUGAUAAAGUUGAAACAGCAAUUAAUAUAGGGUUUUCAUGCAAUUUAUUGAACAAUGAAAUGGAGCUACUCGUUAUUAAGCAUGCUGGAGAAGAUGUAGAAGAAUUUGGUAAUAGUCCGGGUGAGAUUGUGGAAAACUUGGUCACGAAGUACUUGAGAGAGAAAUUCAAUAUGAAUGGUUCUGAAGAAGAACUUGCAAAUGUUAAAAAAGUGCAUGACGUGCCAAAAGGCGAAUUCGGUGUCAUCAUCGAUGGUGAUGCGUUGAAAUUGGCUUUAAUUAAUGAAGAUAUGAAGCGGAAAUUUUUGCUUUUGUGCAAAAAUUGUAAAGCAGUUUUAUGUUGUAGAGUUUCCCCUUCUCAAAAAGCUGCUGUUGUCAAACUAGUAAAGAACUCUCUAUCUGUGAUGACGUUAGCCAUUGGAGAUGGUUCCAAUGAUGUUGCCAUGAUUCAAGCUGCAGAUGUUGGUGUUGGUAUUGCUGGUGAGGAAGGUCGCCAAGCUGUUAUGUGCUCCGAUUAUGCCAUUGGUCAAUUCAGAUAUCUGACUAGAUUGAUUCUUGUUCAUGGAAGAUGGUCUUAUAAAAGAUUGGCAGAAAUGAUUCCGGAAUUUUUUUACAAGAAUGUUAUCUUUACGCUUGCAUUAUUCUGGUACGGUAUCUAUAACGAUUUUGAUGGUUCAUAUCUGUUUGAGUACACUUAUCUGAUGUUUUACAAUUUGGCUUUUACAUCCCUACCAGUUAUUUUCCUAGGUAUAUUGGAUCAGGAUGUAAAUGAUACCAUUUCCUUGAUAGUUCCACAACUUUACCGUGUCGGUAUUUUAAGAACGGAAUGGAAUCAAACUAAGUUCUUAUGGUAUAUGUUAGAUGGUCUUUACCAAUCGAUCAUCUGCUUCUUUUUCCCUUACCUCAUAUACCGUAAGACAAUGUACGUUACACAAAAUGGGUAUGGCCUGGAUCAUCGUUACUAUGUUGGUAUCAUGGUCACCACUAUUGCCGUCGUUUCUUGUAACAUGUAUGUCUGGAUUCAUCAAUAUAGAUGGGAUUGGUUCACGGGUCUUUGGAUUUCGAUAUCGUGUCUAGUCGUGUUUGGUUGGACAGGUAUUUGGACGAGUUCUUUGACAAGUGGUGAAUUUUGGAAAGCUGGCGCUCGUGUUUACAAUACACCAGCAUUUUGGGCGGUCUUCUUCGUUGGUGUGUUAUUCUGUUUGUUACCAAGAUUUACUUGGGAUUGCUUUACCAAGAUGUUUAAUCCUAAGGAUAUCGAAAUUGUUAGAGAAAUGUGGCAACGUGGUGAUUUCGAUCACUAUCCGCCUGGCUACGAUCCAACUGAUCCUAAUAGGCCAAAAGUCACAAAAUCUGGUAAAUUUGGUGAGCAAGUGCUAUCAUUAGGAGGCGCAGUCGAGAGUUCAGGUGCAAACAAUUAUUCUCGUGAUACAGUCGUCACAGAAGAAAUACCGAUGAAAAUAUUUGAUCCUCAAGACGGCUCUCCAAGGCAGCUAGUCAGAGACGAACCCUGGAAGUCAUCUCCAAGAGAAACUCAAAAUCUCUUACAAUCGCCCCGUCUGCAAGAAGACGCCGAGCAUCAGUCGCGAUUUAUGUCCUCCACGAGACCACUCGAAGAGCGUUUUCAAGGGAGAACAUCUCUAGAUCGUACUAGAACUCAGAUGCUAGCAUCUAAUCAGCUGGAUAACAGAUAUUCAGUUGAAAGAACUAGAGCAUCCCUGGAUCUGCCGGGCGUGACACAUGCCUCAGACCUCAUGAGGAAAAGCACUGAUUAUGCAGAAUAG